AUGGGCAAACGGCAAACUUCCACAGCCUCUUCAGAUGCUGUUUCCCUUGUCCUAUCCCCAUCUCUCUAUCUCGGCCCGUGUUCAGCAGCUUCGUCAAAGCCCUUCCUCACAUCCAACGCCAUCACACACGUCCUGAGCAUCGGUACCACCCCCGCAGCCACAGUCGAAUCUGUCGCAUACCAUCGCCUCUCCUUAACCGACUCGGCGACGUCUUCAAUAGAGAAGAUAGUCGACUCUGCCUGCGACAUCAUUGACUCUGCAUUGGCCUCCAAGAAUCCGAAUGGGGGCCCGGGAAAGAUCCUUGUACAUUGUUCAGCGGGCAUCUCACGCUCCCCCACCGUAGUUGCUGCGUACUUGAUGAAGAGACAAGGCAUGUCUUUGAAGGAGGCACUCGGGCGCAUUGUUCGCGUUCGACCGCAGAUUUCGCCUAAUGCUGGGUUUCUCAGGCAGCUGAAAGAGAUGGAGGUGGAGCUGUUCAAUACAGCAUCGUUGGGGGUUGAGGAGCUACCAAAGCAGAAGAAGGAUCGGAUAGCAUUAUUCGCGGACGUCGAUAUCUCCUUAGCAAAGUAA